AUGGAUGCCCCCAAGUCCCCGUGGCGGUACCCGAACUACGAGAGCAGUCCGUUCAUGGGCGGCGGCGGUGCGGCGGCGUCGUCGCGUCCGUUGCCGAUCCCGACGAGCAGCAACCAGCAGCAACUCCUGAGUGCAUCUGGAAGUCGGUUCAGGUCCACGUCACCCGUGCGACAGACGCCGUCGAUUGCGUCGUCGGCCGCCACCAAGUCGCCCAAGUCGGUUUCCUUUCGAGGAGACCCAAAGCCAGACAUGAAGUUGCGGGUGCUGGGCCAGAGAAGAGCCACUGACUCGGAUAAUUCCAGUGACGAAGGCAGCAACGUCAUGUCGAAUGUGGAGUCGGUGCCGUCGGGUCGACGAGACUCGUCGAGCGACUUGAACCUCGGUAACUCGAACCUCUCUAGCAACUGGAUAUUGAGUCCAGGUAUGACGUCGUCCGCAUCCAGGAUUACGACGACAUGCAGCAACGAUCGCCGAGCAGCUCGAGUUGAACCUCGAAGAGGAAGUGCUGCGGAGUCGGUGUCUGACGCGGGCAGCAAGCAUCAGCACGCCCAAGUGCGCAAAAUGAGCAGCAACUCCACGAGGAUCGAGAUGGACUUUGAGGACGAAGACGCGGAUCAGGUCGGCGAGUUGGCUGGCUACAGACCCGGCGAACACCGCAAGGAAAGCGACAAGUCCGUGGCGUCCUCCGUGCUCGGACUCGCUCUCAUGGACUCGUGGCAGUCCCACGGCGGCGGCGGCGGCGCCCUCGGUGGUGCCGCUGCUGGCGGCAGUGUGAAGAACCGCAAGAAGGCCAGCAUAGCCAGCACCGGCAGCACGUCGAGUCGGGCGCCGCGGUUCGUGUUGCAGCCGGACGAGGACGAAGACCCUGUGCCUCUGGCCACGGCCUGUUCCCCGACGCACAUCGUUUUCAGUCGGCCCGGCGACUCCAGACGGUCAUCGAGAGCACUUGAAGAGAUCGAAGUGAAGCCGAUUCCGCAGGUCGACGUGCACGCUGCAGAAGACGAUGACGAUUGGUGAAGCCCUCGGGCAACGAUGCAAUGCGGACAAAACCCAUGCCGUUGGAAUAUCGUUGCACGGCUGCAUUAUUUAUAGGACAAAGAAGCAAAGCCUUUCAAAAAAUUUUGAAACACGCUGUGUUUUGUUGAGGACUCAUACCGCAUUUUUAAACCUUUUUUUUUUUUUCCUGUCUUUUGGUUUGACGCAUUCCUGCCGUGAGAUGUUAACCAAGUCAACGCAAGCAGCUUCCACUGGUCGAUUCGGUUCUGCCGAGUGAACGCUUAUAAACGAGAAGCUCAUUUUUACUUUGUGCAUGGGUGUGUAUAUGACGAGAAACAUGAUCUGAUUCGAAUUUCAGUGGAUUCAAGUACAAUUUAGAAAAUGUUGACGACGGUUCUUUCUUUUUUUGCUUCUUCAAAUAAUCGAUAUCCUCUGAAACGGCUUCGAAAAAAUUUAAUCCAUAUUAUGAUGGCUUCCUUAUUGAAAAUACCUCGGAGUGAAAAUCCCGCGAUAAGUGAAAACGUAAAAAUAAGAAUUGUAGCUUCGAAAAUGGAAGUGCAGUACAGUACAUAAAGUAAAAUAUUGUAAAAUAUUUUUUCUUGGCAUUUGGAAGUGCGGUGUACAUUCUUACGGAAACAUUGUCAAGUUCUUUUUAACUUUCUGUAAUUUUUUCUCCACGCCAAGAAUCUUCGAAUUUAGCUUGCAUAUGCAAAACCUGCUGACGGAGGCUUCCACAAGAAAAUUUCAAACGUUGUACAGUGUUAUAAUUGACUUUUGAUGACGCAAUCUUUGAAAACGGGAAACAAAUUUCAAAGUCUUCGUGGAGUACGUUGCUUCAGAAUAUUUUGCUACAGCUGCGAGAUUUUCUCUCCGCGGCCAACCUUCACCAAAUGUCCAUUGAAGAAAAAGACAAAAUAUGUGAACAAAGUAACAGCAUUUGAAUUUGUUAUUAAGUAGCCAAUUUAUGUUAGUUAUCCCGAGUUUUUGCCCGACUGAAGACACGAGGGUGACAAAAGUGAUUUCCGUGAUUUUUUUUGUUCCACCGAGUUGACAUGCGCCGAUGCUUGAAAAGUUUGCUUUGAACAAUUUUUUGUUACUCCUCCUCAAAAAAGGAUUUUAUGAAAGGUCUUUUUUUGAAUGAAUCUUCCUCGGUUUAUUUUGUUUGGUGGCAACUGGUUGGGCAUUAUGAAUCGCGAACGCGGAAGAACUCUUGCGUUGACAAGGAUCGAUUGAUUGAUUUAGCGGCAGCAAUUUUUUUGUAAGGUUAUGAGUCUGAUUUGUUUGUGACGAAAAAUGGAACAAACCCGUUUUUUGAUGCCAUUGGACGCGUGAAUCGGAGAGUGGGGAAAAAAACAUAAGCUGCCUGUGUAAUCUCGUCAUUAGGUUUCCAAUAAGAAACUCAAGGAGGCUGGGCGUGUAGAACCUUUUGAUUUCUCCGUGAUUUUCAGAGCAAUUUUGUCACUGCCCGAAAAAAAGAAAAAUAGAGAAGAAAUAACGAUACAGAGGGUUUAUCUUCAUGUAUGCCCAAGUCUUUCUGAUAUGGUUUGACGGAUGUGCGCGUGACGUUGAAGAUAUUUUUUGUCAGACGCGGAACUUCUAUUUUUUGUCGGUAAACCAAAGGGCUUUUUUGCCAGAUCGUCCGCGAAUCUUUCAGAAUCCGAGGACUUGUGUAAUUAGGUUGUCCUGGUAAGUUCCUCCUUGGAUUUACCAUUGCGGACCGGUGUGGUGUAUUUUUUUUCUGAAUCCGUCAGUCUUUCAAACCUCCGUCUCGAGACCAUUAAAUUUGGACUUGGCCGGAGUUACAGAUAAUAAAAUGCAACAAACUCGCAGCCGUCGUGUUGUGAAAGGGGAUUGCGUAUUUUGUGAACUGUUGGACUUGAAAGCCUCUAUGUGCAGGGCAUUUGCGCUAUUAGUGACUUAUUAUCUUUUUUGAGUUUGUGUAUGAAUGCAGCUGUCAGACGGGACUUCUUUGAAUUCAAGAAAAAUUAAUAAAAGAAAGCUGGAAAAAUC